AUGCUCGUGCUCGUGCUCGUGCGAUUUGGCUAAUCUAAACGACAUGAAUAUUGUCCGUUUGUCCGCCAGUUUGUUUACAUAUAUCUCGUAUUUUCUCUCGUGUUAUCUCGAGAUUAUUUAAUUUGAAUAGAUUAGUCUAAAAUUUCAACGAAACAUCGCGCGCGCGCAUACGCACACGCGCACACACGCACACUUGCUCACGCUGUCUACCUACGUUAUCAUCGUAAGAGAAGCAAUAGGCGUUACGAUGCUUUCGAAGCGCAGUUUUCACGUUUCCGAUGAGUACAGAGUACGCGAGCGAGCAAAGUUUGAAAGAAUAUUUAUGACUAAGCGCAUAUCUACACGUAUGGCUAAGCAACAGUUGUAAUAUUCUCCGUUGACACUCACGCGCGCGCACGCGCCAUUUUAUCGCGCAAACAACACACUCCGAUAAAACGUUCUCGACGAUUGGCCCCCUUUUUUUCUUUAUUUAUUAUUACUAUAACUUCCGUGUCCGGUUAGAAUACAAGUCGGAUGCGAGGCAACAGCGACAGCGACCGACAAUCGAUAACGCGUGGUGAUCCGCCAAGUCUACUUGGCUGUUUAAGGAACUGCUUCACAAAGGGCUCCACAAGGAACUCCGUAAUCGAAUACUUGAAAACUACUCAUCAUGGACUGUGAAAUCGUAGUCCAUUUUCCCAACUUUUCGAGCUCGAGUCCUGGAGCGUUCUCGUUUAUUCGUUUAUACCGGGAAUGUGCGAGCACACGCCAUGUGUGAUCCACCACACCACGCUCCGACCCGACGAUCGUGCUACGACUACAUCGGCGCGAUUACGAAACAACUGUUCCACGUGACGAGCGAUUUGACUGACCGGGCUUCUCCCGACAUUUCCAUUUGCAGCAUCCCAUCUUCGAUGUUGGCUUACUAUCAGGCGGAACCCAUGCCAAAUCCAGCAACGAUGUCGGUACACGGUGGCAUGGUCGGCGGUGCUGAUCUGGACGCGAUGAACCCGGUGAAGAGGCUGGUGUGCAGUCCAGAUCUCACCAUGUUCGCCACGCCGAGUUGCAGCGCGGAAAUCGGUCCGGGUAGUCCAACGACGAUGAUGACGGCGACGUUGACGACGACGACGACGACGACGACAACAACGGCAACGACAACGACGACGACGGCGGCGGCGGCGGCGGCGGCGGCGGCGGUAGCGGCAGCGGCAGCGGAUGGCAGCGGCAAGUACCAGUGUCUACUCUGUCGGAAGACCUUCACGCAGAAGAGCGUGUACCAGAGUCACCUGCGGUCCCACGGUAAGGACGGCGAGGGUCCUUACCGCUGCAACAUCUGCGGCAAGACGUUCGCGGUGCCAGCACGACUCACUCGGCACUAUCGCACGCACACCGGCGAGAAGCCGUACCAGUGCGAGUACUGCAGCAAGUCGUUCUCGGUGAAGGAAAAUCUGAGCGUGCACCGACGUAUCCACACGAAGGAACGACCGUACAAGUGCGACGUGUGCGGCCGUGCAUUCGAGCACAGCGGCAAACUGCACCGUCACAUGCGCAUCCACACUGGUGAGCGACCACACAAGUGCACCGUGUGCUCCAAGACGUUCAUACAGAGCGGCCAGCUGGUGAUACAUAUGCGCACGCACACCGGCGAGAAGCCGUAUGUGUGUAAGUCCUGCAAGAAGGGCUUCACCUGCUCCAAGCAGUUGAAGGUCCAUACGCGCACCCACACUGGCGAGAAACCCUAUACCUGCGACAUCUGCCGCAAGGCCUUUGGCUACAACCACGUGCUCAAGCUGCACCAGGUGUCACACUACGGCGAAAAGGUAUACAAGUGCACGAUUUGCAACGAGACCUUCGGCUCGAAGAAGACGAUGGAACUACACAUCAAGAAGCAUCCGGAGUCGCCGGCAGCGGUCGCUGUCGCGGCCGCGGCAGCGGCAGCGGUCGCCGCUGCCGCUGCCGUCGUCGUCACGGACGUCGGCGCGUCGCCUACCGGCGGCUCACCGAUCGAACCGGACAUCGAAAUCUCUCAAGGCGGUCUUGGUAGCGCGGUCGCGAGCCCGGCACUGCCCACUGACGACAAGGAGAACCUCAAGAUCGAAGAGGUCUGCCUGGAGUCGACCACGUACGCCGUUCAGCGCGACUACGCCUAUUACCUGUACCCUGGUAAUAGGGAACAGCAGCAGUAUACACCGCCGGAGGUGGUGGUGCCGGUGCCGGUGCCGGUGUCGGUGCCGGUGCCGGUGCCGAUAAGCUCGGAGCCGAUGCUGACCGAGAUCGACGAGAAGCGCUUCCAAGCGAGCGUGAGGGUGAGCUCGCCGCCUCACUUGCAACCGCCUCACAUGUUCUUCUACCCCGAGCCGACCUACACCGGUUUCGGUCUGGCUGCCGCUGGCGGUAGCGUCGAUCUCGACGCCGACUGCUCGUCUUUAUUGAAUCUACCCGGUAACGACGCGCGUCGUAGGGUGGAGGCCGCGUUGGAAGCUGUCGAGGAGGAACAUCAGCGAGGCUACAGUGGCAUCAAGGUCGACCCACUGCUCACGCCGCCGAGCAGCAAUCCCGAGAGCCCAGCGUCGUCGCCCGACCCCUUGGAUCUGGCGAUACCUUCGCGGGAAACUCUUAUCUUGCCGCCCAGGAAACGUAGCAAGAUGAUCCUGCAGUCCAUGGAGAGUGAGAGAAACGGCGGCCUUAUUGCAGCCGUGCAGAGACAGAGCUCCGUCAUCCAGUUCGCACGGGCCUCAUAGUGAACGUCAGAUUCACUCAAGUCGCUGGCGAAGCGACUCGUCAGGUACUCGUGUGAAAACUCGACUCAGAGGGGAAAAUCCUCCUCUGAGCCCUCCACCACCAGUGAUGCCGAAUGCCGAAGCCGGACUGCGCGCGCGCGCGCGCGCAGAGCGGGAUUGUGAAGUUGGACCGAAGCCGGAGCUGGUAAAGAAGCUUGGUCAGAAUAAGCUUGGCAAUAUGUUGGCGUAUUGUGAUCAACGCGGUCAUCUUGAGACUCGUCGAUCGGAAAUUUCGGAAAAUUUCGCACCUGGUAAGCGAGAGCGUUUUGCUUCGCGUCGAUAUCGGACAACAGAGAGGAGAAGACGUCUCCUCAGGGGACGUGUCUCUUGGGCGAACCUACCUAAAUACAAACGCAAAUGUAUUACCUCACUUGUCCUGCGGCGCCUUAUAUUUCCAUUCGAGACGAGAUCCGCGCUCUCGAGCUACCGAGAAGAAGCAAAUCGCGCUCGCUAGUUCAACGAAACGAUCGAGAUCGCGUUCGCUACUUAAUGGCAAUUGAUAGUAAUUAAGCCGCAGUCAGCCGCACGCGUCUUUUCCUAACGGCCCAUGACAGCGACAACACUCUCGUUUCCACCACCUUCUCGACCUUGCUCGAUAACCUCUCAGCCUCCGAGGCUUUGAUGUUACUUGUAAUGUCGAGUGUACACGCGUAGAGACUACGUGAGAGACUGGAUGUAUUCCUUGACCACGGAUUUCGGGGAAGGAGAACGGUUCGCUGAGAACGGUUGGCGCGAAUGUUUAGUACUUUAAUAGCUGUGUUGCAUCUGCGCAAUACUCAUCAUAAUCGAUCAACGUUAGAGGGACAUUGAUACUGUGAAAUCACACUCUGUAAAAUUCAAGCAAACAUAAUAAUUGGGAGGUGAAAUUUGAAACUGAUAGAAAUUAAAGAGAUAAAUUAUGUUAUCUUUGAUUCUCUGCGUUCUUUCACGUUCUCUUUCAUUUCUAUCCGUCUCAAGUUAAGAUGAAUAUUUUUUAUCGUG